AUGCAACUUCUAACCUACGUCUUCGGUUUUUUGAGUGUUCUCACACUCGUCUCUGCAUCCCCUUUCCCAGUGGCCGAAACAGUCGAGGAUUAUUCCGACCUGCCAUAUCCAGUCUCUGAAGCUAUCUUUGAUCCAAAUGGUGUCUCGGACGUUAACAACGCUACCAUCGAACGCCGUAACAAGGCGGAAACCUACUGCUGCAAGAAUAUCCGACAGCCAUGGAACUACGCUUGGUACAAGUGUGGUCAAUUUGCUUCCAUUGCUCUAGCACAAACGCAGGGAGUUGUUAGAGUAGAAGCUAAAUCAUGUGCCCGCAUAAUGUGUUGGGGUGAGGCCGAUAUCUGGCUAUGCAACGAUGGUCCUCACCGUAUUAGCCCUAACGCCAACUACAUUUCCAGUUAUGCUGGGGAUCUCCUUAAGGAUUGUACCGACGUGAAUGGAAGCGGAGGUCACUUUACACGUGGCCAAAAAUUCGAUACUGACCUGUACAAUGUUAUCUUGAGACGUGGCACUCAGGGCUGUCUUGCUGGCCUUGGAUUUGAUUGUGGUAGAAUCUCCCACUGGUAA